UAUGCAUAAUCGCAUUUUACUAUUUUACUCUAUUAUUUUGUUGUUAUAAGCUUGUUGUUAUAAGUGACUGUCAUUUAAAUCUAAUAAUUUAUUAUCGGUAGCUACGACCUACGGUUACGGACCAAGUGCAAAGUAUAAAUUAUUACGCGUUGAAAAAUGGACUGAAUUAAAUGUCGUUUCGAAUAGACUGUUCCUAUUCGAAGACUCGCACAGGCGUUUAAAUUGAAUAUGUUGACCACGAAAUGAAUUGUUAUGGACGAGCAACAAUCAGUGUCAGAAAGCGUCGAGACGAGUUCCAUAUGUGAAGAAGAGCGGGCAAGGAAACUAUUCCAAGCCUGUGAUGGCGAUGGCGAUGGUUACAUUGAUAGUCGAGAUCUAUUGACCAUAUGUCGUCAGCUAAAUUUAGAAGACAGUGUUGAUGACUUGAUGAAAGAAUUGGGUGCUGAUAAAUCUGGUCGUAUAUCUUUUGAUGAGUUUGUUAGACGUCGUUUGGAAUUACGGACAGAAAUCAAUGCACUUCGAGUUCAUAUCUAUGACCCAUUGCCUGAAUACUUGCCUACCAGUAGUGAUAAUAGUUUGGGAGCAUUAUCUGGUGGUAAACAUGAAAGCUGGGAAUUUGAUAGUGGGGCUAGAGACCUAAGCCCUGAACCGAAUUCUGUUCGUAUGCAACAUCUUCUACAGACAGGAGGAUCAGCUAACUCGGGAAAUUUACUACAUCUUGCAAAUAAACUGCAUUUAGCUGCAUUGAAGUCAUUGAAAACUGAAAUAUCAGAUUUAACUAAACAAUUGCAAUUGGCCAAUGAAAAAAAUGACAUUCUUGAAUCAUCUAUAAACCAAAUCAAAGUUACGACGGAAAUUGAUAUAAAACAGAAAUAUGAAGAAAGAAUAACUGAAUUGCAUUCAGUAAUUGCCGAGCUUGCCCGUAAGUUACAAGUCCAAAGGUCUCAAGUUAUUACUGAAGAAAUAGAAGAAAGCCAAUCUGAAAUUGAUGGACAAAGUAUUGAAACAUCUUCAUUUAUUCAAGAGUCCAUUGUUUUAUCUAAAGAAGGUGACAGUGCAGCAUGUUUUGAUGACCAUGAAACCAAGAAUCAUAUAAUAUAUACUGAUGUACAUACUAAAUUGGCUUUAAAAGAUGAAGAAUUAAAGAAAACAAGACAAAUUUUGAAAGAAGUAACUGAUGAAAAGGAAAAAUUAGUAUUAAAGGUAAAAUUGUAUUCAUUUAUGAAACAUAUAAUAUUGCUGUACAGAAUCAAUAUAACUUUAUACGGUAGCGGUGUCGUAUGCUAUCUACGCACUGAAUACUAGUGUCGUAUGCUAUCU